GAGAGGUGACACUGCUGGGAAUGCUGGGACAUUAUACAGUAACACCACUGGAGGGGUCGGGGUGAUGACUGUAUCAUUGUGUGUCAGGUUCCUAUAAGGUGUCAGGACGUGGCGGUCUAUUUCUCCAUGGAGGAGUGGGAGUAUGUAGAAGGACACAAGGAUCAGUACAAGGAUCAGGUCAUGAUGAAGGAUCAGCAGCCCCUCACAUCACCAGAUUCUUGUAGCAGGAGAUCAGAGGAGAAUCUUAUAUCUUCAGAUUAUAAAGCAGAUGAUGAUAUCACACAAGAUACAUAUGAAGAACAUUCCAUUAUCCCAGAUACACCCUCAGCCCUUCACAGCCAAGAUCUGUCAUCUCAUCCUUAUAUACAGCAAAAAGAAAGUCAUAGAAGGGAUGUUGGACAUCAACGAGCUCAUACAGGAAAGAAAUCAUAUUCAUGCUCAGAAUGUGGGAAAUGUUUAAUUAAGAUAUCAAGUCUUGUUGAACAUCAGAAAAUUCACACUGGAGAGAAACCAUUUUUAUGUUCAAAAUGUGGUAAAUGUUUUAUUCAGAAAUCAGUUCUUGUUCAACAUCAAAGAACUCACACAGGGGAGAAGCCAUUUUCAUGUUCACAAUGUGGCAACUGCUUUACUAGGAAAUCAAAUCUUGUUCAACAUCAAAAAACUCACACAGGGGUGAAGCCAUUUUCAUGUUCACAAUGUGGGAACUGCUUUACUAAGAAAUCUAAUAUUGUUAAACAUCAAAGAACUCACACAGGGGAGAAGCCAUUUUCAUGCUCAGAAUGUGGGAAAUGUUUUACUUGCAAAGGAGAUGUUACUCGACAUCAAAGAACUCACACAGGAGAGAAGCCAUUUUCAUGUUCAGAAUGUGGGAAAUGUUUUACUGAAAAAUCUAAUCUUCUUAAACAUCAGAAAACUCACACAGGAGAGAAUGCAUUUUCAUGCUCAGAAUGUGGGAAAAGUUUUACUGAGAAAUCACAUCUUGUUCAACAUCAAAAAACUCACACAGGAGAGAAGCCAUUUUCAUGCUCAGAGUGUGGGAAAUGUUUCACUGACAAAUCAGGUCUUGUUAAACAUCAAAGAACUCACACAGGGGAGAAGCCAUUUUCAUGUGCAGAAUGUGGGAAAUGUUUUACUCAGCAAUCACAUCUUGUUAAACAUAAAAUAACUCACACAGGGGAGAAGCCAAUUCAGAGCAAUAAAUGAUGCAGAUAACACAUCUAUAUAUUAACCCUGUACAUAGGAUAUCUGAGGUUUAUACAUUUAUAUCAUAUACUGCAUCUCCAAACUUGUUCCCAAUUGAUAAUAAAAGUUUU